AUGUCUAACACUUCUACUCAUCUUGUCGAUUCUUUCUCGUACUAUAAUUUUUACCAGCUCAACCAAGUGCCUAAUGCCCGUGGAUGCCUUCUUGACCUUGUCUUUUCUAGUUUUGACACACCUACUGUCCAACUUGCCAACACUCCAAUCGUUUCUCCGGAUUCUUACCACCCACCUUUGUUUGUAUCUUUUCCAUUUCCAACUCCGAUAACUGCUCAAGACACACGUACAUACCGUGAUUUUAAAUCGGCUGAUUAUAAAUCCAUGCUCCGUUAUCUAGGAUCGUUUGAUUGGGAAAAUACUUUUUCGCUUUAUUCAGUUGAUGAUUCUGCUGUUGUCUUUAACGAUGCACUUUUAAGCUCUAUAAAUAAGUUUGUUCCCAUCAAAGUUUUUUCACCUUCUAAAUUUCCUAAAUGGACAUCCACCAUUCUCAAACAUCUUAUAAUAACCAAGAAGAAAGCCCAUGCUGUUUAUAAGCGAACCAAGUCGAUAUCUGAUUAUCUUGUUUUCUCUGAAUAUAGAGCAAAAUGUAAACGCCAGUCAAAAGUUGAUUACUCUGCUCAUAUUAGGCAUACCGAGGAGGCUCUAUCAUCUUCCCCCUCCAAAUUCUGGAAAUUUGUAAAUAAUCUAAAACAGAAACCUCCAAUUCCGUCAUCACUCCAUCUCGGUAAUAUUGUCUCAAAUACUCCAACUGAAUCAGCUAAUCUGUUUUCAACUCAUUUCUCUUCGACGUUCAACUCCUCGGCUUUCCAACUUUCACCAUUUACUGGCUCAUCUGAUUACUUAUCCUAUGAACUUCCUUCCGAUAUAACGUUUUCUGUUGACGAUGUUUUUUCCGCUCUUAAAUCGUUAAAAAAUACUUACUCUAAUGGUCCAGAUGACAUAUCCGCUCAAUGCUUGUACAAUUGUCGUUUUUCUAUUGCUUAUCCAAUAUAUUUACUAUUCAGGCGUUCAUUAGAUUUAGUCAAGACGCGCGUGGUAUGUGUGUUUACAGCGAAACAAUGGCCCAAGUCGAGCACGAUCCGCGUGCCCGUGGGUACCGCGGUGAACGUCACGUGCGGACCACCGAAGGCGUUUUACUGCCGAAUGUCAGGCCCGUCCGGCGAAGUGUCCAGGCACAAGGGCCAGUGUUGGGUGCACGUCAAGUCGGUCGGGUCGCAUCACCUGGACGUGUGGACCUGCUGGUCGGUUACAGCCGAGUCCGCGGCCGAAGUUCAGUACACUCUCCGCCUGCACGCUUACCGAGAGGGCGCAGUAACGGAUGUCGGAUGCGACGAAACUCCGUCCGAGGUGCGAGUGUUUUGCAACGUCCGCAAUGGUACCGCCACUCCAGACGGCGGCGACGGUCACUUCCGGUCGAAAUACUGCCGGCUUACGUUACCGCGAGACGCAAAGAUCCUGUCACUGGCUUACGGGAGAGGCACUACCCGAUACUCGUAUUAUGGUGCGACGUACAACGAUUGCGGUGUGUCAUUCGCUAAACCACUGAGAGGGUCCGAGAUCGGCCGAUGGAAAUGCAUGAACGCCAUGUCCGACGACCGCGUUUAUGGAGGGUUCGUCGUCGUCGUGCCACCCAACAAUACGAAAGGUAUACCUCCGCUCACGGUGACAACCGGAAGGUCUGUGAUGGUGCCCAAGGGCAACACGUUUCAUGUGGAGUGCAGUGUACAUUCAGAGAUCGAAUAUUGCUGGUUGCGGCACCCAAACGGCACUGCUAUCCCGGUGACGGUUCCGGACAGCACUGCGGCCGGUGACCCGAAGAGGGUCGGAACUCGGUACCGGUACACGGGCGAAGGGUUGUCGUUCGGCCAAUGUCACGUGGCGAUCGGCGACGCAUCCACGUUGGACACGGGUCCCUGGCUUUGCGCUUUGGGUCUGCGUGACGACCGCCGUGAAAUGUACGGUACGAUGGACGUUACGGUUUCCGAGUCCGUGAUUGCUGCCCGCCAGGAAGAAUUGUACGCCACCGAGGGCACCCAGGUAACGCUCGGAUGCGACACGGUCGAGAAGCAACCUAUAGCCUACUGCCGGUUCCUCACGCCGCGUCUACUUGGAUUCGCUGUGGACGAGAAAUCGAACGCUCAGCCACCGCCCCGGUACGCGUACUCUGGCCAAGGACUGACGGCCGGCCACUGCGGUUUGUCCGUCGACCGCGUCGACGAUUCCGACUACGGAAACUGGACAUGCGCCGUGAAGAUCCUAGACUCUUCCGGAUCUGAAGAAGUCAGCACGACCGUCCUGUUGCGGAAACCCGAAGGGUUUACGAUGAUCCAGAUCAUCGGCAUCGUGCUAUGCGGCACUAUGAUAUCCAUCAUGUCGCUGUUCUUCGCCAAUCACCUCAUCACCAACCCGUCAGCAAAGACGACGAAAAAAAUCGAAAAAUUAGAAAUGCAACUCGAAGCGGGCGAACAAGGUGCAAGUCGCAGGGUAGGCGCCAGAAGAGCGCAGAACAGCACGCGCGUGAUCAGGACUCAGCCGGGUCGGAGCAAACACGGGUCCAUACCUCGGAGAAUUUGA